AUGGCAGUGGCUCUGUUGGUGAUUUCCUUCCACGUCUUCGUGGCAUCUACAUGCAGAUUAAAUGGGGGUUCCAGCAACUUCUCGGUGUGGAGAGUCCCCCCCGCUCAGAGUCAUGAGGCCUUCAGGAUCUACCAUUGUCACUCUCUCUUGUUUAAUCUUAUAGUGGAGUACGACAAGGAGUUCUCCCCUCGUCAGCGACACCACAAAGAGUUCAAGUUCAACUUAUCCCAGAUUCCUGAGGGUGAGGCGGUGACGGCUGCAGAAUUCCGCAUCUACAAGGACUGUGUUAUGGGGAGUUUUAAAAACCAAACUUUUCUUAUCAGCAUUUAUCAAGUCUUACAGGAGCAUCAGCACAGAGACUCUGACCUUUUUUUGUUGGACACCCGCGUAGUGUGGGCCUCAGAAGAAGGCUGGCUGGAAUUUGACAUCACGGCCACUAGCAAUCUGUGGGUUGUGACCCCGCAGCAUAACAUGGGGCUUCAGCUGAGUGUGGUGACGCGGGAUGGAGUCCACAUCCACCCCCGAGCGGCGGGCCUGGUGGGCAGAGACGGCCCUUACGACAAGCAGCCCUUCAUGGUGGCUUUCUUCAAAGUGAGUGAGGUCCACGUGCGCACCACCAGGUCAGCCUCUGGCCGGCGCCGACAACAGAGUCGUAAUCGCUCUACCCAGUCCCAGGACGUGGCGCGGGUCUCCAGUGCUUCAGAUUACAACAGCAGUGAAUUGAAAACAGCUUGCAGGAAGCAUGAGCUGUAUGUGAGUUUCCAAGACCUGGGAUGGCAGGACUGGAUCAUUGCACCCAAGGGCUACGCUGCCAAUUACUGUGAUGGGGAAUGCUCCUUCCCACUCAACGCACACAUGAAUGCAACCAACCAUGCGAUCGUGCAGACCUUGGUUCACCUUAUGAACCCUGAGUAUGUCCCCAAACCGUGCUGUGCACCAACUAAACUAAAUGCCAUCUCAGUUCUUUACUUUGAUGACAACUCCAAUGUCAUUCUGAAAAAAUACAGGAAUAUGGUUGUAAGAGCUUGUGGAUGCCACUAACUCGAAACCAGAUGCUGGGGACACACAUUCUGCCUUGGAUUCCUAGAUUACAUCUGCCUUAAAAAACACAGAAGCACAGUUGGAGGUGGGACGAUGAGACUUGGAAACUAUCUCAUGCCAGUGCCUUAUUACCCAAGAAGAUUUUAAAGGACCUCAUUAAUAAUUUGCUCACUUGGUAAAUGACGUGAGUAGUUGUUGGUCUGUAGCAAGCUGAGUUUGGAUGUCUAGUGCAAGGUCCGGUAACUGCAGAAACCACCGUGAAGCUCUUCCUCCCCUCCUCCCCCAAAAACCCACCAAAAUUAGUUUUAGCUGUAGAUCAAGCUAUUUGGGGUGUUAGUAAGUAGGGAAAACAAUCUCAAAGGAGUUAAAUGUAUUCUUGGUUAAAGUAUCAGCCUGUUCAGUACUGUCUAUCAAAGGUAGAUUUUACAGAGAACAGAAAUUGGGGAAGUUGGGGGAACGCCUCUGUUCAGAUUUCAUUCCCAGGAAGUUCAAUUUCAUACAUGACCCACAGCCCAGGCCACAGCCAGGGCUCCGUGGGGCGCCUUUGUCUCAGUCAUUGCUGUCAUAUGUUCAUGCUGGAGUUUUGUUGGUGUGAAUAUAUACUUAUUUCUGCCAAAAAUACCAUUUCUACACCUCAGUCCUCCAUUUGCUGUACUCUUUGCUAGUACCAAAAGUAGACUGAUUACACUCCGAGGUGAGGCUGCAAGGUGAAGGCAAUGCUGCCCCUCUUCUUUAUCAGAACGGUUCUUUGACCAGCACAUUAACUUCUGGACUGCCAGCUCUAAUAUCUAUUUCAGUAAAGCAGUUCUCUGCCUGUUUACUAUACAGCAUACCGUGCCACAAGGCUAGAACCAACAAAGAAGAUAAAAUGAGGGUGCCCAGCUUAUAAUAGUGAUAGGGGGAUAAGCGUGCUGUUUAUGAACUGAAAUCAUGAUUUCCUUUGUAGAAAAUGAGGCUCAGAUCAAAUUUUAGAGUAUUUUCUAAAUGUCUUUUUCACAAUCAUGUACUGGGAAGGCAAUUUCAUACUAAACUGAUUAAAUAAUACAUUUAUAAUCUACAACCGUUUGCACUUACAGCUUUUUUUGUAAAUAUAAACUAUAAUUUAUUGUCUAUUUUAUAUGUUUUGCUGUAACAUUGAAGGAAAGACCAGACUUUUUUUAAAAAAAGAGUUUAUUUAGAAAGUAUCAUAGUGUAAACAAACAAAUUGUACCACUUUGAUUUUCUUGGAAUACAAGACUCGUGAUGCAAAGCUGAAGCCACGCUUGACAGUUGUGCUUCUCUAGGAGGCUGGGUUUUUUAAAAAAAGAAUUAUCUGUGAACCACACAUGAUUAAUAAAGAUUUCCUUUAAGGCA